AUGCCUGUCUUGUAUCAUUUAACUUUGCAAAAGCCUACGGCUAUUACAAGAGCUGUUUAUGGUAAUUUUUCUGGGCCAAGAGCACAUGAAAUCAUAGUAGCAAAAGGACAAGUAUUAGAAUUGUUAAGAGCAGAUAAACAAGGAAAAUUGAAUUUGAUAGUUUCAAAGGAUAUAUUUGGUAUUAUUAGAUGUAUAUCCACUUUUAGAUUAACUGGUAGUAAUAAAGAUUAUAUAGUGAUUGGGAGUGAUUCAGGAAGGUUAGUGAUAUUAGAAUAUAGUAAUGAAAAAAGUGAUUUCAUAAGAGUACAUUGUGAAACAUAUGGUAAGAGUGGUAUACGAAGAAUAAUACCUGGAGAAUACAUAGCAGUAGAUCCCAAAGGAAGAGCCUUAAUGAUAUGUGCAAUAGAGAGACAGAAAUUUGUAUACAUAUUAAAUAGAGAUAAUAAAGAAAAUUUAACUAUUAGUAGUCCAUUAGAAGCACACAAAUCUCACUCUAUUUGUCAUGACGUAGUAGGAUUAAAUGUAGGUUUUGAAAAUCCUAUGUUUGCAUCUAUUGAACAAAAUUAUGAAAUGUUAGAUAAACAAUCUAACAUAGAUGAUUUAGAUUACCCUAAAAAAGGGUUAUGUUUUUGGGAAAUGGAUUUAGGUUUAAACCAUGUAAUCAAAAAAUAUACCUUACCAAUUGAUAUUACUGCUCAUUUACUUAUUCCAAUACCAGGUGGUCAACAGGGACCUAGUGGAGUUAUCGUUUGUUGCGAAAAUUAUCUGAUUUAUAAAAAGGCUGAUCAUGAAGAUAUAUAUUGUUCUUAUCCUAGAAGAUUAGAAAUAAGUGAAGAUAAAAAUAUUUCCAUUGUUUGUUGGACUAUGCAUAGAAUUAAAAAGUUUUUUUUUAUUCUUGCUCAAUCAGAAUAUGGGGAUUUAUAUAAAAUUGAAAUGGAUCAUGAAGAUGGUAUUGUAAAAGAAAUUGUGUGUAAAUAUUUUGAUACUGUUCCUAUUGCUAAUUCUAUAUGUGUAUUAAAAUCUGGUUCUUUAUUUGUUGCUGCUGAAUUUGGGAAUCAUUUUUUUUAUCAGUUUUCUGGAAUAGGGGAUGAUAACAAUGACCUUAUGUGUACUUCUAAUCAUCCCUUAGGAAAAAAUGCUAUUAUAGCUUUUAAAACUCAAAAAUUAAAAAAUUUAUUCUUAGUAGAUCAAAUAUAUUCAUUAUCUCCAAUUUUAGAUAUGAAAAUUCUUGAUGCUAAAAAUGCCAAUUCUCCGCAAAUAUAUACCUUAUGUGGAAGAGGUCCUAGAUCCUCUCUUCGAAUUUUGCAACAUGGAUUAAGUAUUGAAGAACUAGCAGAUAAUGAACUUCCAGGAAAACCUAAAUUUAUAUGGACUAUUAAAAAAGACAAUACAAGUGAAUAUGAUGGUUAUAUUGUAGUAAGUUUUGAGGGAAGCACUUUAAUACUAGAAAUUGGGGAAACAGUAGAAGAGGUAUAUGAUAGCUUACUAUUAACAAAUGUUACAACUCUUCAUAUAAAUAUUCUUUAUGACAAUUCAUUUAUUCAAGUAUAUGAUACAGGAAUUAGACAUAUUAAUGGAAAAAUUGUUCAAGAAUGGGUUACACCAAAAAAUAAACAAAUUAAAGCGGCCUCUUCUAACAAUGCUCAAAUUGUUAUAGCCCUUAGUGGUGGUGAGUUAAUAUAUUUUGAAAUAGAUGAAUCACAUACAUUAGUAGAAAUAUUUAGAAAAAAUUUAAAUGUAGAAGUUUUGUGUUUAUCUAUGCAACAAAUAUCAGAAAAUAGAUUAAGAGCUAAUUUUUUAGCUGUUGGAUGUUUAGAUAAUGUUGUAAGGCUGUUAUCUAUUGAAAAAGAUAAGUAUUUUAAACAGCUUUCAACGCAUUUAUUACCAAAUAAUUCCUCACCACAAGAUAUAUGCAUAUCUGAAAUGAAAGAAUUAGGAAAUGACAAAGAACGUAAUGUUUUAUUUUUAAAUAUUGGAUUAAAUACUGGAGUUUUACUAAGAAGUAUUAUUGAUCCAAUAGCUGGUACUUUAAGUAAUCACUAUUCUAAAUAUUUAGGAGCUAAAAGUGUAAAAAUAUGUCAUGUGAAUGUAAAUAAAAAUCCAGCUUUACUAGUUCUAUGUGAAAAAACAUAUUUAUGUUAUGUUCAUCAAGGAAAAUAUGUGUAUUCUCCUUUAAAUUAUGACAUGCUAGAAUAUGCAUCUUCUUUUUAUUCAGAACAAUGUUCUGAUGGAUAUGUAGCAAUAUCUGGAAAUAGUCUACGAAUAUUCCGAUUUUAUAGAUUGGGAGAAGUAUUUAGUCAAAAUAUAUUACAUUUAACCUUUACUCCACGAAAAAUUGUGCCUUUGCCAUUUCCCUCAUUAUUUUAUGACCAUGAUUCUUCAGUAGAAGUAGAAAGAAAAAAAAAAAUACGUAUGUUAGCAAUAAUUGAAGCAGAUCAUAAUUCAUAUGAUGAAAACACUCAAAAGGAAAUACAAAAAGCAUUAAAAGAUAUUAAAUUAGAUAUUGAGGAUAAAGAAAAUAAAAAAAAUACGAACAAUGAAGAUGAUGGAACUGAUUCAAAUAAACAGAGUGAAUUAAUAUUAAAUGAUAAUUCUUCCCUUAUUAAUGUACAGAGUUUAUCAAAUGAUUCUAAUAAGAAUGACUUAGAUAAUAAUAAAAAUAUCAUAAAUGAGACAAAUGAAGAAGAAAAUGAGGAAGAAUUAUUAUAUGACAGAAUAGGGACUUUUAAGGCAGGAGCAGGUAAAUGGGGUUCGUGUAUUAAAAUUAUUAACCCUAUUAAUUUACAAAUAGUUGAUAAAAUUUCUCUAGAAAUGGAAGAAGCAGCAUUAAGUGUAUGUGCUUGCGAGUUAGAAGCUUUACAUUGUUUAAUAGUAGGAACUACUUCAAAUAUGUCUUUGAAGUCUAGAAGUGUCCCUGCAGCAGCUUUACGAGUUUAUACUUAUGAUAUAAAAUAUAAACUAAAUUUAUUACAUAUAACCCCUAUAGAAGAUCAACCUUUUUGCUUUUGCCCUUUUAAUGGAAGAGUUAUAGCUUCAAUUGGUAACAAAUUAAGAAUAUAUGCAUUGGGUAAAAAAAAAUUACUAAAAAAAUGUGAAUAUAAAGAUAUACCUGAAGCUAUUGUUUCGAUAAAAGUUUCUGGAGAUCGCAUAUUUGCUUCUGAUAUAAGAGAAUCUGUUUUAAUUUUUUUUUAUGAUUCAAAUCAAAAUACUAUAAGAUUAGUAUCUGAUGAUAUUAUACCAAGAUGGAUUACAUGCUCAGAGAUUCUUGAUCAUCACACUAUUAUUGCUGCUGAUAAAUUUGAUUCUGUAUUUAUAUUACGGGUACCUGAAGAAGCUAAACAGGAAGAAUAUGGCAUAACAAAUAAAUGUUGGUAUGGUGGAGAAAUUAUGAAUAGCGCUAAUAAGAAUAGAAAAUUGGAGCAUAUCAUGAGUUUUCACAUUGGUGAAAUAGUCACUUCUUUGCAAAAAGUGAAAUUGUCUCCUACUAGUAGUGAAUGUAUAAUAUAUUCCACUAUUAUGGGUACCAUUGGGGCUUUUAUUCCCUAUGAUAAUAAAGAAGAGCUGGAAUUGACGCAACAUCUAGAAAUAAUUUUAAGAACCGAAAAACCUCCCUUAUGUGGUAGAGAACAUAUAUUUUUUCGUUCAUAUUACCACCCUGUUCAACAUGUUGUUGAUGGAGAUUUAUGUGAACAAUUUUCAAGUUUAUCCUAUGAAACUCAAAGAAAAAUUGCAGCAGAUUUAGAAAGAACACCUGAUGACAUUUUAAGAAAAUUAGAAGAUAUCAGAAAUAAAAUUUUGUAA